AUGGCACAACAGCUUGAAAACCAGUUGCUACAGGCAACUCAACUCAUUGAGAGUCAAGUUGAUGCCGAGAUUGAACGUCUUGAAAAGAUGGACGAUGACGACCUUGAAAAACUUCGCCAGCGCCGCUUGGAAGCAAUGAAGAAGGCUCAGCAGCAGAAACAAGAAUGGCUGGCUGCAGGUCAUGGAGAGUACACAGAGAUUUCUGAUGAGAAAGAAUUCUUUGAAACCUGCAAGAGAAGCAAAAAGGUUGUUUGUCACUUCUACAGGGACACUACAUUCCGAUGCAAAAUUUUGGAUAAGCAUCUCACAGAGCUGGCCCAGAAGCAUUUGGAGACCAAGUUUGUGAAGAUAAAUGUGGAGAAGUGUAAGUUCUUGGUCGAGCGUUUGAGGAUUAAGAUUAUCCCCACUCUGUGUCUCGCCAAAGAUGGCAAAACAGUUGAUUACAUUAUUGGAUUUGAUGACUUGGGAGGGACUGAUGAUUUCCCAACAGAAAUGUUGGCUUGGAGACUUGGACGUAGUGAUAUGAUCAGUUACCAGGGUGACCUUUUGGAGCCUCCAGUGGUUGGGUCUCAGAAAACUAAAUCUACCAAGAUUUUUGGCAAGCCAACCAAAGCGAAGAAUAUUAGAGAUGAUGGGGACACUGAUAGUGAUGAUGAUGACUGGUAG